AUGAAAUCGGGCUACAAAUUUCUAUCUCCAGGAAUGGAGUCUUCAGGUCCUAGCACACUGCAUGAGGUGCAAGCUGUUUGGAAGAAGCGUGUAGUUCUACAAUUGAAAAAGAUUAAAGAUAAAAGUUACACUGGAGUUUCAGGAGACAUCGGUGUGUAUAAUCCUAAAGUUCAGGAGGGAGGGAGCUCUGCCGCAAUCUAUGUCCUGAAUGGUCCAGAGAAUAAUUUGAAUACUAUCAUAACAGGGUGGAUGAGUGAUGGUUCUAUAAACACAGGCUGCUAUAAUGCUAAUUGCGCAGGUUUUGUGCAAAUUGACAAAAGCAUUUAUGUUGGGUCACCUUUUCUUAAUAUAUAUAUUCCUAAUGGACCUCAAUUAGAGACAUCAGUCUCUAUUGUAAAGGAUUUAGAUGAAGGAAAUUGGUGGAUAUCCAAAGAUGAUAUUAAUAUUGGACAUUUUCCAUCUAAGUUAUUUCAGAAUCUCACCAAAGCAGAAACUGUUGGAUGGGGAGGAGUUACUGUUACUACCCCAAACGGAAUUAGCCCACCCAUGGGAUCUAGAAUAUUUCCAGACAUUGAUUAUCAGCAUAUAUCUUCAUUUAAAAAUAUCUGGUAUAAAAAUGAAAUAGGACUCAAAUAUGGGCCUUAUCGUGAUUACAUUCGCGAGAUCAUCGUUGAUAACCUUGAGUGCUAUGGCUUAGAUUAUAAUGGAUAUCAGGGUAUAAUAGAUGAAUACACCUUUGAGUUUGGAGGACCUGGUGGACAAUGUGGCAAUUAA